UGUCAUUCUGCUAGCUUUUUGGGCUAUUUUGGAGCUUGGCUAAUAUUUCAGCUACAUGCUGGCUGCUUUGGCUAAUUUAUGCUUUUCUUUUUAUGUUUUUUAUGCUGUUUUAGACCUAGACUAAUGUCUAAACACUAGCUGUUCUGGGUAAUUUAAGUUUUUUUUCAUUUUUUUUUUAGAGGAUGUUUUGAAGUUCAACUAUUUUUUAUUUUUUUCUCAGCUGCAUACUCGCCUGUAAACAAGCAUGUGACCUCCAUAUAGACUCGAAUGAGUUUUGCGGGGCGUGUUUGACUUGUGCAAGGCACAAUCCACAAGAGACCUUGAGACCGAAGCGGUAAAAAUUCCCUACGCCACAAUACCCUUUUCGAAUAAUACACAUGGACUUCAUUGAGCUGAGACAAAGUGAGGGAAAGAAAUUUUGUUUGGUUAUCAUAGAUGCUUUCUCAGAGUGGGCAGAAAUGUUUCCUACCAAAGCACCAGAUGUACCAGCCUCAGACGGUGGCUGAGGCGCUAUGUGGAGGCAUUAUUCCCAGGUAUGAAAUACCUGAAAAAAAUCUAUAGUGAUAACGGAACCCAUUUUGUAGAUAAAGUGGUUUGUGGGUUUGGAACACUAUUCCAUAUGGAUUUAAAAUACCAUUGUGCGUACACUGAAGAGAAAAAAUAACUAAUGAGAUUUACUUAAGGGAAUCCUCGUAACAGUUUUCACUAACGGUUCUUGAUUAAAUUUUACUGCAUUUAUGAAUAUAACAAUUAGCAACAACAAUAUGGUAAAUUUACUUACGCCCACAAGUAAGAUUAUGAUCGAGUCUUAAGUAAAUAGAGCAAACUUAAAUUUCUCUAAUAAAAUCUACAUAAUAUUAGUGGAUGCUAAGAAAGUGAUUACAACAAUUUGAAAAGUUGAUCUUACUCAUAGGCAAUCAAGAUUUUUGAUUACUCAUAAAAAAUAAGUAAACUUCACUUCUUUACUAGGAAAAUUUAUGUAUUUGCAUAAUCUUUAGAUUAUUAUGUAGAUGUGUAGGGAUAAAUAGGUUUUAUAAGUAUGCAAAGAGUUUUUUUUUUCUCUCUCAGUGUACCAUCCGUGAAGUGCAUGACUUGUAGAAAGAUUGAAUGGAACCAUAAAAAAUAGACUGAAGCAAUGCAUGGAAGAAACAGGACGACCCUGGACCCAAUGUGUCGAUUUGGUAAAAAUGUACCUUAACAUCACUAGCACAACCGUGUUGAAGCCUUAUGAAAUGAUUUUCGGACGAGCAUGCCAUUUACCGCAGUUUAAGAACAUUUGGGAAUUAGAUGAAGAAGUAAACCUUGCAGUCUUUAUGGGAAAAUGUUGGAGAAACAAUAGCAGCUCCCAUCUAACAGUGACUAUAUAUAUUCAGCUUUUAAACAGGCAGAUCAAUUAGUGAAACCAGGGGACUGGGUGCUAAUAGGACACAUAAAGAAGGAACAUUGGUAUUCACCUAAGUGGGAGGGGCCGUAUCAGGUACUGCUGACUACCCCUACUGCAAUUACAAUCGCAGAGAGAGCAGCUUGGAUUCAUUUAACACAUUGCAAAAAGGUAAUCUCGUUCGAGGACCCCGACAGGGGAGGUGACCAAAAUCCACAGUAGGGUGGACUCAGGGGAUUUACAGCCUGGGUAGACCCGAGAGAGAGGGUGUCGCAGCGCUAAUCUCGUUGUGGCGAAGACUUUCCAAGCGCCAAACCAAGCAGAGGGGCCGAUCCUCGACCAGAUGACCAAAAAAUAGGUUACAUAAUGUAAUGGGGUGUGCCCUGCUUUUUACAGUGGCCGUUCUCGCUGCUCUCUCUUCCUGGUACUUCUGGGAUCCCUACGCAGGCCUCCCACGUACCCUUAUGACCGACCGCACAAAUACUGAUGACCUACCAACAGCACCAGCUCCCCUAAGCCGAAAACGCAGAUUUACAGGUGGCAUACAUGGGGGAACAGUUUACAGCCCGUUCUGCGUCACUGACAUGCAGAACCCCUGCUGGAAAAUAGCAAGAUUAUAUCAAAUGAGCCCUACGUUUGUUACGAUAGUUUGAAUGUCACUACAACCAUUAUAAUUACGCUUUCAUUUAUUAAAGUAAGAGGGUGCAAAGCCUCUGAUUGGAUAGGUUAUGAAUUCUAUAUGACGUUGGUUAUCUGGAGUUCCAUUAGUUGGGGUGACACAUUCGCCACAUCUGAGCCAUCAUGGGACAGAGAAACAGAGACUACCUAUGAGUAUUCAGACAGCAGGAGAGAUUCAUCCCUAGUCCUGACUUUAAAUGCAGGCAGCCUCCUAUUAGAUCAGAAACCUUUCUUAUAUAGUAAAACUGACAAAGGUCCACCUUGUUCCAGAUUAAGUCCUUGUGUGUAUAAAUCAGAAGAAGACCCAUAUGUGAAAUUUUACCUAUGUUCAAACACCAUGGAAGAAAACGAGGAUGAAACAGGUGGUAAAAACAAAAAAAAGCAAACGAAAAACAAAAUAUAUAGUGGUGCGAAGAAAAAAAAAAAAAAAACAACAACAACAACAAACCAAACACCCCUGAUGACUAGUUUGAAGUAAUUAUGAGAAUUUCAGGUGGAAAUAAUAAUUGGUUGUUAUUGGUUGCGCAAGCGGCUAAUGUUACGAGACAGGACUGUGUUGUGUGUUUAAGUCCCAGGCAAUUGCUUAAAGUUAUUCCUGCCUUAAUUCCUCCCCGAUGUUUAACUGACGUGACGGAUAAAACUAACCCUGGUAAAAUUGCACUGAAUGAGAUUCAGUUUUUCCUCUAGCUCCUGCAGAUGCUAAGAAGCCACUAUUUUCAGAAAGGGGUUGCUUUAAUGCUCAUUCAUGUAUCAACAUGUCUGGGAAAGGACCUCGAUUGGGGGAUUGGCCAACAGCAUGGUGCAAUUCCUCUGUUUUGAUUGAUUGAUUAGUUUAUUUCCAGCAUAGAUUGAAGAAUACAAGACCAAACAUGCAGUUAUUUCAAACUCAUUACGGAAACAAUUAAAUGCAUUGAUUAGAAAAUAGAGAAAGAAAAUAAAGCACACUUUUCACUCCUUUUUGUGAUAAUUAACUGAGGUCAGUAGAGUUUGAUUUGACUUUAGAUUUGUCUAGAUUCAAAGAUAGUUUGUUGUACUCCAUCAACAAUUUUAUUUUUGAUUAACCUUGUGUUCUACACUUUGAUAAGUUCCCUUUGAACCUAAGUUCCCUUCUCUCCUUCAUGUGGGAAUCCCUAAGGUUUCUUCUUUUAUUUUUUAUUUUUUUUCAGGAGUUUUUCCUUACUGGGAGGGAGGGUCUAAGGGCGGGGAUAACCUGUUUAUUUAGUCUGAAUUUUUAGCUAUUGUUUAAAUUUUGAGGCCCAAUGAGGCAAAUUCCUUUGUGAUUUUGGGCUAUGUAGAUAAAAUUGAAUGGAAUUGUAUUUUAUUGUCUGUGGCAUAGGAAAUAUUUGUGUCAUCAGCGGAUGAAAUGAGUUUUAAGAGUUUUGAGAUUUUGAGUAUAUCACUGAUGUAAAUUCAUUACUCUUGACAGAUUGUUUUCUUACUGUUAAGCAGCUUUUGACCCAACUUAGCGCUACUCCUCUGAUCCCGUCCACUUCUAGUUUGUCCAGUAGGAUGUCAUGAUUGAGAGAGUCUCAAAUGCUUUUUUUAAGUCAAUGAAGAUUGCAGCUGGAGAUUUCUUUUUAUCCAGAGCGUUUGUGUAUUUUAGACCAGUGUCCACAGGAGAUGUUUGGUGGUGGUGUGGCGCUGAUAACCUUUGUGACAAGAUGCCUAUAAAUGUCACAGGUGUUUGUGCUCUGGUGACUUUACUGUUGCCAGUUUCUGUCUUUCCUACCUCUACAGAAGAUCUUGUGCACAGACUAUCUAGCCUAUUUGCAGGUGAUUGGCACCUUAGUAAACGGUCAGCAACAUGGUUAGAGAAUGAUCCCACUUACAUUGAUGCUAUAGGUGUUCCUCGUGGUGUUCCAGAUGACUAUGAAUUAGCGGAUCAAGUCGCUGCUGGGUUUGAGAAUAUUCCAACCAUAAGUGCACUGUUUCCAGUGCCCCCAAAUCAGAACGUUGACAGGGUUAUCUUCAUCCAUUUUAAUGGUCAGAAGCUAGGACAUUGGACACUAGCAGGUUUUGAAGCAGUACAUGGCCAGCUACAGGCUACCUCUCUGAUGCCGUUCCAGAACAGGAUAGCUUUGGACAUGCUACUCGCCGAGAAAGGAGGAGUCUGCUCGAUGUUCGGGGAGCAAUGCUGCAUCUUCAUCCCCAACAUCACCGCUGCGGAUGGCAGCCUGACCAGAGCCAUAGAAGGGCUUCGUGCCCUCGAUGGUAGAAUGGGAGGGCACUCCGGGGUUGACGCCACCAUGUGGGAUACAUGGUUGAACGUGUUUGGCAACUAUAGAGCCCUUGUGUCCUCUCUUCUAGUCUUCAUUGCAGUUUUUGCAGCUAUUCUGACCUUAUGUGGAUGUUGUUGUAUUCCCUGCCUCCGUUCUUCAGUUAACCGAUUGAUAAUAACUGCUAUCUCACCAGCAGCGCCACCACCGGAACAGCUGAACCUAACAGAUCUCUUUCAAUAA